GGCUGGCUUGGAUCCCGACCAUUGUGGAUUUGCAUCUAUUUUAAAAGGAGAAGAUAAAAAUUAUCCCAUAAAUGGCGUUUGUAGAAACAAAAAUGACCGAAAAAAUUAUGGUCAAAGAAGGAAUGAAAUAAUUGAAUUAGAUCUUAGUGGUGCCACGGGAGAUGUCAGUCAGUGUUCUAAAUUAAAAUUACUUGAUUGCAACAAUAACAAAAAACAUUUUGCUUCCUUGAAUCUUAAUCUUCAUUCUAAUAUUACUGAACUAAUUUGUCGUAGCAAUAAUCUCACUAACCUUAAUUUUUUAAAUAACUUGUCGAGUGAAAAGUUAGAAAAACUUUAUCUUAAUAAUAAUAAUUUUCCACGGCAAGAUUUGUCCGUAUUUAGUAUUAUUAGAGAAUCGCCAUCUUCUAUUAUCUCUAAGGCCAUGAAAUUAUAUUU